AUGCAUCGCUCUUCACCACCCGGCCUGGAGCCCAGACCGGAAGCGGAAGCGAACCGCAAGCGGAAGGGGCGGGGCCAGGAGGAAAGGAGCGCUCCGGUUGCCAUGGGAGAAAGUGAGUCCUGCUUCGUUCAACCCAAACCCCUUACACUGGGAAGAGAAUCUACUGUUGGUGACAAGGCACAGAAGGAAAGCCUUCCGCCAUUGGAGAAGCUCAGGAUUCCAGCAGUGUCUGCAGCUAAUGGCGUUCAAUCCCUUCAUGCUCGGCCCCCCGCAAAGGAGGCGGCAGACUCGCAGGGAUCCACGGAGAAGAAGAUCCAGCCUCCGGAGGGACCCAAGGAGCCUGGGCCGCUUCAGCAGGAUGGCAAAGCGGAGGCUCCAGGAGCAGGAGAAAAGAAAGACGUGGAAGCGGUGACAGGGGCCCGGCGUUCAGAAGGAAAUGCCGGGACAGAGCCUUUGGGAACAGAAGCCAGGCCUCGGCCUCUGAGGACCGCUGGCGAGAGGGACUCCCCCGGAGCAGCAGCAGGCACCGAGACUCCACCAGCUGCCAGAGAGACGGAACCUCGAAGAAGAGCUGGGAAAACCCCACCCCUGGAAGCAGGCAGAGAGACACGACCUCCAAACACACCCCAACUCCUGGACACAGUUCCCCAGGAGACGGAAUCUCCAGAGAUUUUGGAAGGAAGUCAGCCUGUUGCAACAGCUGAGGAACGUCAGCUUCAAGAAACACUGGGGAGAGAUGAGCAAUCCCAGCUUCUAGAAACAGUGUCCAGAGGAGAAGGACCUCUGGAAAUAGCGGAAGGAAGGCAGCUUGUGGAAACAGCUGUAAAGAAUGAUUUGGUUCACGAAACUCCUGAAGGUCUGGUGAACAGGGAGCAGAUUCAACCUGAAGGAACAGUCGGAAGCAUGGGGCAUCCAGCAGGAACUCUGGAAACGGGGCCAAACAUGGAAGUGGUCGGGAAAAUGCACCCCACAAAGGAGAGCCAAAACCUUGAAGGUGAGACAGGAGAAGAGGUUAAAACAGACAUGGAAAGAGCUGAAACAAAAGCAGACGAAACAGGAGAAGCUGUGGCCCUUUCAGCAGCCACGUAGAUAGGUAUGGUGACAGAAGGGUGAAUGGACACAGGGCGUCCUAACAGAGGACAGAAAAAUGGAGGGAAGCCUGUGGUUACAGAUCUCCCCUUCGUGACAGUAGCCAGAGCCAAUAACAACCAGGGCUUAUGACCACUGAAGAGUUUGAAGGCGUUUUCUUCAUUGUGGCAAUGGGUCAAUUCAGUACAGGAAACGAGACCCUAAAAUGAAAGUAUAAACCUUUCGGUAUAGGUGGCUGGAGGAGGGAGUUAGCAGAUUUUAGGGAGCUCAGGAUAAUAACGUGACACAGUUAUAAUUUCUACGGGAUAAGAACGAAUAACAAAACGAUGCAACCUAUACCUAGGAUGUCUUUCCUAGCACGGAAUGGAAGGCUGGUAGAAACCUUAGAAAGUAUGUCAUCUAAUUACCUUCUCCUCUCGAGUCCGUCUGCUACUGUAGAGCCUUAUUCAUCAUGGUAUGUUAAAGAUGUUAACGAAAUCCCUGUCAAGGGAAUUCAAACUCUGGUGCUGCUGCGAGAUGAGGCGUUUUCCCAGGGAAAGGCUUCGCAUCUUCCACGUGCCAUUUUGAAUCAAGUGUAGAUUUUACACUAAUGUGAGGUAUUCCAUCUGAUGUUACCCUUUUGACUGACAUUAAAGGUGUGCUAAAUUAACUGACUUCUUAUUAUUUUUUAAAAUAUAUUUUAUUGAUUUGUUUACAGAGAGGAAGGGAGAGGGAGA